ACCCAAAAUGAACUGUUCCGAGUCCAACCAAGUACGCUCCAUUCAUGCACAAAAUCUCUAUCAACGGCUAUUUAUUACCUAUCAUUCUGAUACUAUGCCCCUCUAGGACACUGGAUGAUGGUCUUGGAACAAACGUGCGCCGGGCGUGGGCUGGUGGGGUGGGUUACGGACAAUCGCCCAAUGGGUACGAACCCCGAAACACACCAAUUUGUGCCAUCCCACCGGUUCCCCAACAUCUCUUCAUUACACUACUCACAAAUUCUCGUCCCCUCAUUGGUUAACCCGUCUUCAGACCUUGUGUCCUGAAUCUUGAUCACCUUGGAAAGAAUGACUCUCGAGGGCCAUAUAAACCCUCUCAACUCUUUCCGACCCUUCAUCCUCAUUUUCCUCUCCCACAUUCGUUUCAUUUAACUGUCUCACUUAUAACUAUGUCUCUCUUCGACAUCACUAACGAGAUCAUCAUUGACCACAACAAUGUCCGUGAUCUUUUCAGUCGCUACAAGUCGGCUUCGGACUUAGCACUGAAGACGAAGAUUGCUUAUACCCUCAUCCAAGAGAUAAUGAUUCACGGUAACGCCGAAGAGGCUUCCGUGUACAAGCGCUUCAAAGAAUUUGGCAUGAGCGAUGCUGCCGAGCAAGACAUCGAGGACCAUCAUGAGAUCAAUAAGCUCCUCGGAGAUGCCAAGGUUGUCGAUCCCUCCGAGUCGACCUUCGACCAGACCCUCAGUCGUGCGGUUACCCUCUUCAUGGAACACUCCGAUGAGGAGGAGAACGCUCAGCUCAACAAGAUCGCAGAGCAGAUCGAGCCAGAGGAAAGCGACAAAUUGGCCAAGGAGUUCCUGGCGGCUCGUAAGGUGGCCGCAGGCUCUAUGGGUAGUCCCCAGGUUGAGCUCAAGCACUCCCAUAAUGCUUAAGACAGCAGAAGCUUGUGUUCUAUAGUGAUUACGACAUUGUGAACUUUGUAUUGUACCCCGUAGAAUCGGAAAUAGUAGAACUAUUAUCCGUGAAUUCUUUAUCAACUUGACUUACCAUUUGUGGGAUCGCACUACGAUAAACGCUCUU